AGACAAAAUCACGUGUACCGAUAACUCGUAUCUUUUAUGUUAUUUCAUUUUAUGUAAACGUGCAUAUAAAUUGAGAUAAUUUUUUGGGAAAUAGAAAAUAGUUGAUUUUUCAUUUAAUAAUCAUUGUGUGUCUACUAAUAGUUAUGGGUAAACAAAAAACCACUAUAUUGAAUGCUAACCAUCCAAACAGCAGAAAAACAAAGCAAUUAAUCAAAACUAAACACAAGAUUGCAUUUAGAGAUAAAAAGAAGAUGGUGAAUUUAGCCAAACCAAGUUUACUAUGCGAAAAAUUAGUUUGGUUUCGGGAUAAUGUUGAUAACACAGUUGAACAAUAUACACAAGAUACCUUAAAAUUAUUAGUAGAAAAGUAUCUUAAUCGUUUUGAAUAUGAAUUAAAUAUAAUCAAAGGGAGGCACAAGGAUAAAAAUAACAGACGAUUUGCUAGUCGAGAAGAUAUCAUAAGACAUACAAAGGAACGAGAAAGAGAAGAGUAUAAUUCUGCUGGCAUUGAAGUGCCAAAUAUAUUGGAAGCCGGUCAAUUAUUAUAUUUGCGUUCUUGGGAUGGUGAUAUAAGGUAUCUACCAAAUUUCAAAAUAAUUCGUUUCAAAUGUAAAUGUAAUUAAAUUAUAAAUAAUUUU